AGUACUGCGUGUGCCACUGGUGUUUCGAAUGGACCAAGAGAGUGAUAACAAUAAUAAGAGAUGCAUGCAGCUGCUGGGUCACCCUUAUCUUCUUGCUCUUCCUUCUCGGCUAAGUCCAGCAUCACUAACCCGCACCUUGGCCCCGAGGAUACCUCCUGACACUACCUAUUCAUUGUUACUUGUUGAUGGAAGGGGAUAUAAUUGUUCUCGUUGUCUAUUCUCUUCGCACUGUCGUGGUUGUGAAGUACUAAGUGGAUCUGAGGUUAUAUUACAAGCUGGUGAUACCUUGUGUGUGCGCUUCACAAGUCUCACACCUGAGCAGCGACACAUCUUGACUUCAACAACAGAUCAUCCUUCUCUAAAUGACAUGCGGCAAAAUGUACCACUCACUCUGUAUGACUGCUUACGCGCCUUUACGCAGAGGUACUGUAAAACAAACAUUUCUUUUAUGUUAAAAAAUAUUAAACCUAAUCGUUAA